AAAAUUUCCUCAGAGGUGUCUAACCUCUCCAGUAUCAAGCUGGCAAAACCUCUUCGUGGAAAUCGAAAAGAAUCAUGCGGCCAUUCCACCGCUUGUGAGUGUAAACCGUCCACAGACACAGUCAGCUGCCGCCGCACAUAAGCUCACAACCCUGAAUACAGCAUCGGGUUAUUCACUACUCUGCGUAACCCUACUGCUGAUGGUGACUCAGAGGGUAAAGUGUUUUCUAGUAAAGACAUCGACAGAGAGACUAAGGUAUUGAUGGAUUCUCCAGAAAAGGGAUCUAGACCACCUAUUCUGAAUUCUUACACAUCAGAUCCGCUUUCUUCAGAGAAAUGUCCGUCUCCUCGUCCAUUUUCAGGAACAGCAUCACAGACACAGGAUGACGGAGACUCGAUACACAGCCAGAACAAACAACAAUUGAAUAAUGUUGGCAUUAUACCAGGUGUGUCAGCACCCUUCACCAACAGCGUCCUCAUCAACUGGAGUUGGCAGGUUUCACAGGGCAUGGACUACCUCGUGAGCAGGAAGGUGGGUGUCCAAUCCUCCAGAGAAAGAACUAGCAGAAACGAAAUAAUAAGCUUAGCAGUUGAAACAACUAAGCCAAAGAACAAGGAUAUUUAUAUCGAUCAUAAUUUAUUUAUGAACACUUCUCUGGUUCUUCACGGGGACCUGGCGGCUCGUAACCUACUACUGGCUGACCACAACAUCGUGAAAAUAAGUGACUUUGGUCUAUCAAGAGAUGUAUACAAGAAGGACGUGUACGUCAAGAAAGGAGACGUAUAUAAUGCUUCAGCAUUCAUGACUCGGAGAGAUAUGAAGGGUGGUGACUCUUAA